AUGCUUCGUCUUCUGAUCCUCUUAAGUUUCCUCAGAGGAGCUUAUCUUUCAGAUAUCGUAGCAAGAGGAGAUACAGCUGUUGAGCUCGGUCAGGAUGCUUUAUUCUCUUGUUCGCUGUCAGACGCGUCUGGUGUCAAACAAGUCACUUGGCAGCGGGUUCGCAACAAGGAAACGGUACAGACUUUGGCUACAUUUAGCGACCUCUUCAAGCAUCAAGUAGAUGAGCAGUAUGUCGGAAAAGUCACCUUCACCGCAGCGUCAGCUAAUUCAACAUCCAUUAAGAUCAGUAAUGCAACAUUUGAAGAUGAGGCUUGCUACAUUUGUUCCUUCAAAGUUUAUCCAUUUCAGCCUAAACGACAAACCUUGUGCCUCACUGUUAAAGGUAUAUCAGAAAUGACCAUGUUAGUGAAUCCUGCACCCAGUACUGAUCAAGAUGUUGUAGUCUCGUGUUCAGCCACGGGUAAACCCACUCCAAAUAUCCAGUGGAAAUCUGCAGAGGAAGAUUUGAACAACUAUAGGUCAAGUAAUUUCUCGACUCUCAACAAAGACAGUUCAACCACCAUUACAAGCAAUCUCACACUUCCACUGUCAGAGUUUAAUGGGAAGUUUGUGGAAUGUGUGGCUCAGAGUGACAUAAUUGAAAAGAGCAGCCAAAUCUCUGUGCCUGAAAAAGAUUAUAAAGAAAAUAAAGUCACAUUAAGAAAUUAUAUCAUUCCGAUGAUGGUCCUGAUUAUCAUCAGUAUUUUCAUUAUUGCCAUCUACCUUCACACCAAGUUUAAUGCUUAUCUUUCAGAUAUUGUUGCAAGAGGAAACACAUCUGUUGAGUUCGGUCAGGAUGCUUUAUUCUCUUGUUCGAUGUCAGACGCGUCUGGUGUCAAACAAGUCACUUGGCAGCGGGUACGCAACAAGGAAACGGUACAGACUCUGGCUACAUACAGCGACCUCUUCAAGCAUCAAGUGGAUGAGCAGUAUGUCGGAAAAGUAACUUUCAUCGCAGCGUCAGCUAAUUCAACGUCCAUUGAGAUCAAAAACGCGACGUUUGAAGACGAGGCUUGCUACAUUUGUUCCUUCAAAGUGUAUCCAUUUCAACCUAAACGACAGACCUUGUGCCUCACUGUCAAAGGUUUAACAGAAAUAACAACAUCAGUGAAUCCUGCACCCAAUACUGAUCAAGAUGUUGUAGUCUCAUGUUCAGCCACCGGUAAACCAGCUCCAACUAUCCAGUGGAAGUCUGCAGGGAAAGAUUUAAACAACUUUAGUCCAAGUAAUUUCUCAACUCUCAACAAAGACAGUUCAACCACCAUUACAAGCAAUCUCACAGUUCCACUGUCAGAGUUUAAUGGGAAGUUUGUGGAAUGUGUGGCUCAGAGUGACAGCGUGGAGAAGAGCGAGCAAAUCUAUGUGCCUGUAAAAGAUUAUAAUGUGAACAACGAUACAACAAGAAGUUACAUCAUUACACUUUCAGUCCUCAUUUGCAUGGCUGUUGUGGUUCUUAUCAUUACUAUCAUCUGUCUUUACACCAGACUAAAGAGAACCACUUUUGGGAAAAAAUCUACUUAUGAGGAACACCUUAAUGCCCCAAGCGAGGAAUGUUAACUCUGCUGCUACCUUAUAGUAUUUAAGUAUAUAAGUUUUGGGUUCUAGCCUGUGUCUUCCUUAAAGGAAUCAUGAAUGUAUUGUCUAGUAUUUAUUUAAUUUAUUUACUUAUGUUUACAUUACAGUAUUGUAUUCCAUUGCAUUAAUACAGUUUAGUACAUAAUAUUAUUACCACUAUAUCCGAGUAUUUUGAACAUAGAAUUAUUAUAUCAUAGACAGAUGAUAUUCAUACUGUUGCUUAUUCAUACUGUUGAUUUUCAGGUUCAUGCAUUUGCACUUUGAGUUUAUGAAUUGAAUGUACUGACAUGCACUAAAUCGUUUUUAUUGUAUUUUCUUCUGUCUGUGACAGUAAUUUGUAAAUUCAUAAACACAAGCUCUGUUAGUCUUGUAGUUUUGUCACACUUCACAUUACUCUGUUAGGAAAUGACAGUGAUUUGGGGAAGAAAAAAAACAUUAUUACUCAAUACAAACAGAUAAGCUAAAGGCUGGAAAACCUAGUUUUCAGCAGUGUGAAACAAAGUGAAAGUUACGCCAUUAAUGGACACAGAAGUUGUUUUGUGGUUUCCUGCACAAAACUGUACAUGCUGCAUAGAGCGACGUUGUCUAUUUUUUUUUAGUUUUUGUACUAUUGUUUGUUGUUGUGUAUCUUGAUGGCAAAAAUUACUGACUAGUAAAUUAUAAAAGGAUAAACAUGUAUUUUAGAAAAGAUUUCUGUGCAAUGUAUACCUACCUGUGUA